CGCCUCCAGGACGUCGCCGUUACGUCCGGCGCGUCCGCCGACUGACGCCAGCGCCCGUUUGUCCACCUCUUUUGCGGUGCCCAUUGGCUUGGCUGUGGUACCUCCUGCUGCGUCUCCCUUUGGAGAAGCGCAGUCAUUAGCGUCGGGGCUUGGUGGUCGCCGGUGAGCGGGCAGGGUAGGCCGGGGCUGCUGUGUGGUUGGGAGGCCGCGGUCUCUGCUCAGUGGAGCGGCGUUGAGCACCCGGCCAGCGGCGCGGUUCUCCUGCCCUCGGCUCCGGGCGGCCCGCCUGCCCCACGCAGUUAAGGAUCUCGAGCCUGGGACAAUGGUGUGCAUUCCCUGCAUUGUCAUUCCAGUUCUGCUCUGGGUCUACAAAAAAUUCCUGGAACCAUAUAUAUACCCUCUCAUCUCCCCCUUUGUUAGCCGUAUGUGGCCUAAGAAAGCUGUACGAGACUGCAAUGAUAAAAACAAAGGCAAAGUGGACUAUAAGGGUGCAGACAUAAAUGGAUUACCAACAAGAGGACCAACAGAAAUCUCUGAUAAAAAGAAAGACUAAAGUGGUUGUCCCAAAGGAUCUCAUUGUUUUAAAAAUGGACGUGAUAAUAUGAAGCAUCUUGUUUAUAAUUGUCUCUGAUCUUUUUCCCUAAGACCAGAAUUGGGAUAGAUAGUUUAGAUAUUUACCUGACACUAAUCAGAAAUCCCUGGUAUUUGUAUUUAAAAUGUAGUUAGUUAUAUUUAAUGAUCUCAUUCCUGAGUUCUUUUUCAUUAAUGUAGAUUUCUUUUCUUGCAGUUUUUAAAAUCUGAAUAAAUAGAAGGUUUGUGCAAGUAGACACUGUUACUAAAUCGGUACCUAAAAAUCCUUGGGCCUCUAGCUUUUAUUCAGGCUCUUCAAAUUUGAGGAGUAUAAUUUUACUGUGAAACAAUGCAAUGAGACUGCAGUGAAAUGAAAGGUAGUUUUUGGAGAUGAUAUGACUUGAAACAAAGAUGUAAUUACUAUCCAACUCAGUGGAGCAGCUUAUCUGUAAGAGUAGUAAUUACUGUUUAUUGCUCUAAAGAAGAGAGAGAAAAAACAGUAGGAGAAACGUCUUUGAAAAACGGAACAUCUUUCACAUAAAUGUCUAAUAUAUAUUAUGAAAUUAUAAUUAUUGUUGCAUUCCUUCUACUCUAAGAAUGUAUUAAAUACUCAGUGUA